UAAAAGUUAAAAAGGUUGGAAGUCCAGCUGUUAGUGUAACCAGACAGGUGUGUGAUUGCAGGUAUGUCGUUCAGCGGAGAAGCAGUGCUUCGGGCCGGGGAGGCGUCGCUGUUUUGGCUCGGUGCUGUGACCGCGGCCUGUCUGUCGGUGUGCUUCGUGCUCCGGCUGCUGUCCGGCUUCAGGGUGUGGGUGCUGGGCAACGGACGGCUCGUGGCCCCCGACAACCUGGGGAAGUGGGCAGUUGUGACAGGAGCCACAGACGGCAUCGGGAAAGCAUACGCAGAGGAGCUUGCUCGCAGAGGUUUUUCCAUAGUUCUGAUUAGUCGUUCUCAGGAGAAGCUUGAUGAUGUUUCCAAGGCAAUCGCCAGCAAGUGUGGUGUGGAGACUAAAACUAUUGCAGCAGACUUCAGUGCUCUGGACAUUUAUUCAAAGAUUGAAGAAGGACUUGCGGGACUGGAGAUUGGAGUUUUAGUAAACAACGUUGGCAUAUCCUAUUCAUACCCUGAAUUUUUCCUCAAUGUUCCCAAUCUGAACACUUUCAUGGACUCAAUGAUCAGCAUCAACAUUACAUCGGUGUGCCAGAUGACGCGUCUAGUUUUACCUCAAAUGGUUGACAGGAAGAAGGGGGCCAUCCUCAACAUCUCAUCUGCCAGUGGGAUGUACCCUGUUCCUCUCCUCACCAUCUAUUCUGCCUCCAAGGCAUUUGUAGACUUCUUCUCUCGAGGACUGCAAGUUGAGUAUAAAAGUAAAGGGAUCAUCAUUCAGAGCGUUUUGCCAUUUUUUGUUGUAACCAAGCUGAGUAAAAUCCGACGGGCCACGCUGGACAAGCCCAGUCCAGAGCGAUACGUUGCAGCUGAGCUCAACACGGUGGGACUGCAGAUGCAGACCAAUGGCUACCUUCCACAUGCCAUUAUGGGUUGGGUGACUACAGCUCUGCUCCCAGCCAAGAUGCUGAACAGCUACAUGAUGGGGAUGGGUUUGUCCCAGCGCGCUCGUUACCUCAAGAAGCAGAAGCAGGGUUAGAUGGAUCGGCGGCUGCUGGGAGCCGCAGCGACAGACAGAGAGGGGACCAGCUGUGUUCGUGACGUGUCCAACUACCAUCAUCAUCAUGGACCCAGCAAAGACAAAGUGACAGUUUCUGGGCAACAUCUCAGUAUUUUUUAUUUUUUUUCCCCCUUCUUCUGAAAGUGAUAGAUGAUGUGAGGGAGUCUGUUAGCACAUUACAUGUGUUCAAUCCAAACGUUUGUGUAAAAACUAUUGGACCAAUUGGUGCUUUUUGUUGAGUAAACAGCUUUAAUUAAACAUGGGAACUAAAACCAACUCCCAAAACUGACCAUCUGUCUAGCAAGCGUGAUGCUUUCAGGAAGAAGCGUGGCUCUAAAGUUGCGCGAUGUCUCUGAACAUGUGUGUUUGUGGCUCCUGUGGGGGUUGCCUAAAGCUGUUUUGAUGAAACGCUGAAGGUGAAACUUCCUCUUUGCAAGCACUUAAUGAGUUACCAGAACGCAGAAAUCUGUCAACCUUUCAUAAUUACAGUUAUUUCAUGUCUAGAUUGAAAAUAUUCGUUGUAACACUAACAUCAAAUUGUCAUUUGAAUACGUUGUCAGCAGUACUAAAGCUGUGGCGAGAACUGCGUUUAGAAUUGAUUAAAGAUAAAAACAUCAGUAAAAUGAGUACAUGAAGGGAAUUUUUGGUCAAAUAUGAGUGUGGUUUUUUUUAUAACAAAGCAAUU